AUGGCAGAAGCUGUGAUGUUGCUGCUGAUACCGAUGCUUCUUCCUCAUGUAUAUAGUAUGAAGUGCCCUGGAAACAACCCUCCUCAGAUUCCACAUCAGUGGUAUCAGCCAGGUGAAAUCUUGAUUGGUGGAAUUCUAACUCUUAUUGGUUGUGUUUCCCAAAACUUUCCAUUUGAGCAGCACUCCGACCAGGAUUAUCAAUGUUAUCCAAUCCUGUUAACAAAGUUCUACCAGCACAUCCUGGCCUUGGUGUUUGCCAUCCAUGAGAUCAAUGAGAAUCCCAGCAUAUUGCCCAAUGUCACUCUUGGGUUCCAUAUCCAUGACUCCACCAUAGAUAUAAAAUGGAUUUACAGGACCACCCUGGACCUACUCUUCACAUCACCUGAACUCAUCCCAAACUACAAAUGUGGCUCUCAGAAAAAAAUGAUUGGUGUCAUUGGGGGACAUAGUUCUGAAAUCACAUCAAACAUAGCAACACUCUUAACUCUUUACAAGAUCCCACAGUUGUCAUUUGGCUCCUUUGAAUCAGGUUUGGAUGGCCAAACAAAUAUGCCUUCCUUUUACCGCAUGUUCCCUAAGGAAGCCCUUCAGUACGAGGGAAUUGUCCAGUUACUUCUGCACUUCAGGUGGAAAUGGGUGGGGCUCAUGACUCUGGAUGACAAAAGGGGAGACCAUUUCUUGCAGACUUUGGAGCCGAUGCUCUCCAGGAAUGGAAUCUGUGCAGCCUUCACAGAAAAGGCUACAAGACAGAUCCAGUGGGAUGACAUAGGUUUUAUGCUGAAAUAUCUUGACAGUAGUAAUGCAAAUUUCUUGGACAGCAAAGCCAAUGCAAUUAUCGUAGAUGGAGGAACUGGAACAUUUAUUUGGCUGGCAACUAUUAUCUUUAUGCCAACAAUUUUAAUGAAACUAACAGAGGCUGAAUAUGUGGAGAGAACCUCUGCAGGAAAGGUGUGGAUUACGACAGCCCAGAUUGAUUUUGCAUUCAACCUUUUUCAAAAGGCAUUUGAUAUAGGAAUAUUCCAUGGCGCUCUUUCCUUCUCCAUUCAUUCCAAGGACAUCCUGGGCUUCCAGAAAUUUCUGCAACUUUUAAAACCUUCCAGGGCAAAGGGGGAUGGUUUUAUCAAGGACUUCUGGGAGCAAGUGUUUGAGUGUGUAUUACCAGGUUCCGCUAACCCAGGAAAGUCUGGUGAGACAUGCUCUGAAGAGGAGAGCCUGGAGACUGUCCCAGCACCUUUUUUUGACAUGAGCAUGACUGACCACAGCUACAGUAUAUAUAAUGCUGUCUAUGCCAUUGCACAUGCCCUGCACAUCUUGGACUCAUCUAGAACGCACCACAGAGCAAUGUAUAAUAGAGAUAGCUUGGCUUCUCUGAAUGUGCCACCUUGGAAGCUCCAUACCCUUCUUCAGAGAAUUGCUUUCAACAACAGUGCUGGAGAUGAAGUGACCUUUGAUGAACAACAGGAACUGAAAGGUGGAUUUGAUAUUACCAACUUGAUCACUUUCCCAAAUAACUCCUAUGUCAGAGUCAAGAUCGGGAGACUGGAUCCUCAGGUCCCUCUUAGUAAACGAGUGAUCAUCGACGAGGACCGGAUUAAGUGGAACAGACACCUUCCACAGGUACCUCCUUUCUCUGUGUGUAACGAUCCCUGCAAGCCUGGUUACAGCAGGAAGAAGAAGGAAGGGGAGAAAUUCUGCUGCUACCAUUGUGACCUAUGUCCAGAAGGGAAAAUGUCAGACAAAGAGGACAUGGAUUAUUGCAUCACUUGCUCUGAAGGUCAUUAUCCAAGCCAAGGACAAGACCAGUGCCUUCCCAAGAUUACAAACUUUCUUUCAUUUCAUGAACCUCUGAGCAUUAUUUUAGCCUUUUUUGCUCUUUUCUUCUCUCUGAUAGCAGCUUUGGUCCUGAUGUCUUUCAUAAAGCACCAAGACACUCCCAUCGUUAAAGCCAACAACCGGACCCUCACCUACAUUCUGCUUAUCUCUCUCCUUCUUUGCUUCCUCUGCUCCUUGCUCUUCAUCGGACAGCCUAAUGAGGUGACCUGCCUCCUCCGACAAAUGACUUUUGGCAUCAUCUUCUCCGUUGCUGUUUCUUCUGUUCUGGCAAAAACGGUGACUGUGGUUGCGGCAUUUAUGGCCUCCAAGCCAGGAAACCUUUUUCGAAAAUGGGUGGGGAAACAAUUGGCACAUUAUAUUGUUCUUUCUUGCUCCAUUGUUCAAGUUGGCAUUUGUGCUGUUUGGCUUGGUUCCUCCCCUCCCUUCCCAGAUAUGGACAUACAUUCACUGAGUAGAGAAAUCAUAGUGCAAUGCAAUGAAGGGUCAGUCACCAUGUUUUACUGUACUCUGGGUUACAUUGGACUUCUUGCCAUCAUCUGCUUCAUUGUGGCUUUCCUAGCAAGAAAGUUGCCUGACAGUUUCAAUGAAGCCAAGUUCAUCACCUUCAGCAUGCUGGUCUUUUGCAGUGUUUGGCUAUCCUUUGUCCCAACCUAUCUGAGUACUAAAGGAAAAUACAUGGUUGCUGUGGAGAUCUUCUCCAUUUUAGCUUCCAGUGCUGGUUUACUAGGCUGUAUCUUUCUGCCCAAAUGCUAUGUCAUUAUUUUACAGCCUGAACUGAACAGAAGAGAGCAGCUGAUAAGGAAAAACCAUUAA